UCUGACGAGAAUCAUCCACACAGAGAACAUUGUGUGGAGCAGGCUCCGGUCGGUGCGUGUCAGCUGAGCAGCUGAGAGGAAGAGGGAGGGUGAGACAGAGAGAGAGGGAGAGAUCCUCCUUGGCACACACCCGUCAGUGUGGCAGUGUGAUUGUGACUGACUGGGCUGACAGACGGGAGAUUCUGGAGGAAACACACAGGACAGGGACGACAUACUCUCCGGGUUUCUCCUCUCUGUCACUGUUGCCACGGCAGAUGGUUUUCUAGCUGCGCCGCCUGUAUCCACCUCAGCAUCGGAUUUUGCUUCAUUUUCUUUUUCCUCCUUGAUUGGCUGAAGCGGGGCUGAACCCAGCCAACCUGGGCCGGGCUGUGGGGCUGUUCAGCGAGCCUUAUAGCUGAAGUUGGCACCCGAGAUGAGCGCCUGGAGACCCGGGAGCGCGGCUCUCUCCUCGCCGGGGAGAGCGUCUGGGUCGUGGCGGUGCUGGUGGUGGUGGUGGUGGGUUGUGUUGAUCGGGGUGGCAGUGGGCUCUAGAGACCCGUGGAUGUCCGGGGAGGCAUGCCCGCCGUCUUGCUCUUGCAGCAGCACCAGGAUCUCCUGCGUGGACCCGGAGCGGGGUAUCAAUGCUUUCCCCGUCCUGCAGAGCGAGGCGGAGAUGGAGAACACCACCGACAUCUACAUCGCCAACCAGAGCAGCUUCUCCUCCAUCAACGACAAAGACCUGCACUACUACAAGAAUCUCAGGAACCUAACGGUGACCAACAGCAGGCUAACAUACGUAUCGAAGCUGGCCUUUCAAAACAACCUCAAGCUACAGUACCUGAAUCUGAAAGAUAACAACCUGUCAUCGCUGUCCUGGAGGAUAUUCAGACACCUCAACAUCUCUUAUCUGAUCCUGACAGGGAACCCUCUGCACUGCUCCUGUGAGAACAUGUGGAUCAAGCUGUGGUUAGGAGAGGAGGCAGACACUCAGGAGCUGCGCUGCAUCGAGGAUGGAGGAGCACGCAAGCUGCUGUCCAGACUGACACUGCCUAACUGUGAGGUUCCCAUGGCAACGUUGAGCCCGUCCAAAGUGGUAAAAAUGGAGGGGACACAAGUGGAGCUGUCCUGUACGACCUCUGGAGUGCCCUCUCCUGAGCUCAUAUGGAACAUGGUGUUGGUCUCCAACUAUGAGAUCUUGACAUCAGGCCAGGUGUCAGUGCUGCGACUGUACAACCUGUCGUCGCUGGACCACAACAGCAAGAUCAGCUGCACAGCUGAGAACAUUGUUGGAGAGAAAGAGUCCUCGCUGCUGCUGGAUAUACUCUUUCCUCCUAAGAUCACUAAGCUGAGUGAUGCGAUCCCUGACCAUCACUGGUGCAUCCCUUUCAGUGUCUCAGGAAACCCAGAGCCGCACCUAGAGUGGUUUCUGGAUGGUGAAGCAGUGACAGAGGAUGUCUACAUCAUGACCAUAAUCCAUGACAUCACAGAGAGAGAAUACCACGGCUGCCUGCAGCUGGACAGCCCCACACACCUCAACAAUGGCCGCUACACGCUUUUGGCUAAAAACCAAUAUGGGUUGGACCAAAAGGAGGUGGAGGCUCACUUUAUGCGCAAGCCCUGGAAUGGAACGGAGAAGGAGCCUUACUAUUAUGAGGGCCCCUCUGCAGACCCUCCUGAAGACAGAGUCGCUGUGUAUGUGGUGGUCGGCAUCGCUGCUGUAGCCUUCACUGGUUUCCUUCUAAUGUUGGUUAUUCUCAAGUUUGGAGGAAAUUCCAAGUUUGGCAUCAAAGGACCAUCCUCCGUCAUCAGUAACGAUGAUGACUCCGCCUCUCCUCUUCACCACGUCUCCAACGGCAGCAACACUCCCUCUUCCUCAGAGAUGGGCCCUGACGCGGUGAUCAUCGGAAUGACCAAGAUCCCGGUGAUAGAAAACCCUCAGUACUUCAGGAGCACAAACAGCCUGCUCAAAACUGACACGUUCGUCCAGCACAUCAAGAGACACAACAUCGUGCUGAAGAGAGAGCUGGGAGAAGGAGCCUUUGGAAAAGUCUUCCUGGCCGAGUGUUACAACCUCUCACCUGACCAGGAGAAGAUACUAGUGGCUGUCAAGACGCUCAAAGAGGCCAGUGAAAAUGCCAGGAAGGAUUUCCACCGUGAGGCUGAGCUGCUGACCAACCUCCAGCACCAACACAUUGUCACUUUCUAUGGAGUCUGCGUGGAGAGUGACCCUCUCAUCAUGGUGUUUGAGUACAUGAAACAUGGUGACCUCAACAAGUUCCUCAGGGCUCACGGUCCUGACGCAGUUCUGAUGGCAGAGGGCCAGACAACCAGACCUGUGGAGCUGACCCAGUCACAGAUGCUGCACAUCGCCCAGCAGAUAGCAUCUGGCAUGUUCUACCUGGCAUCACAGCACUUUGUGCACCGUGAUCUGGCCACCAGGAACUGCCUGGUGGGCGAGAAUCUGCUGGUAAAGAUCGGAGACUUUGGCAUGUCCAGAGAUGUCUACAGCACUGACUACUACAGGGUAGGUGUCGGAGGUCACACCAUGCUGCCGAUCCGUUGGAUGCCCCCUGAAAGCAUCAUGUACAGAAAGUUCACCACAGAGAGCGAUGUUUGGAGUCUAGGAGUUGUUCUCUGGGAGAUCUUCACAUAUGGAAAACAGCCGUGGUAUCAGCUCUCCAAUAAUGAGGUGAUAGAGUGUAUAACCCAGGGCAGGGUGCUGCAGCGCCCCAGGACCUGUCCUAAAGAAGUGUACGACCUGAUGCUGGGCUGCUGGCAGAGAGAGCCGCACAUGAGACUCAACAUCAAAGAAAUCCACGGUCUGCUCCUCAAUCUGGCCAAAGCCUCACCUGUAUACCUGGAUAUACUGGGCUGAACACAGGAGGAGGACGGAGGAUGUGUGCGUGUGUGUGUGUGUGUGUGUGUGUGUGUGUGGGUUUGAGUGGGGAUGGUUACUGUAUCUUAGUGUGUGUGUGUGCAUUUGCAUGUAUGUGUGUGAGUGUGUGUGGUAGGGUGGACCCGGUGACACCUGUGAAUGAAACGAAGUGUGCGAUGCUCGUGCAAGUGUGCGCGCGCGCAAGGUACCGCUGUACAGGAUGUGAAGCUAUUAUCAAACUCUUAAAGGCAAUCAAAAAAUUCCUCAACCCAUCCCCCAACCACGUCUUUCCUCCCUGCCAAUUUCCUCUCCUUUGUGCAUCUUUACUCCUUCUCCCCCUUCCUUCCUGGAGAGACAUUUACUAAGAGUAAUUUAACUUUGGAGGGGAUAAAAAAAGCUUCUCACUUCUUUUCAAAUGCUUUAAACUGACUGGGGCUAAAUUGAUGAAAACCUGAUUAACAGGACUUUAAAUUUAGUGACUCAUCCCUUCGCUGCCUGUUGGACAACAGGACUAGUUUGAAGAUCCGGAAAUUUUUCAAGGAGGCGCAGCACUGGGUGGAUUUCCGGAAGCUUCGAUUCCUUUUUGCGUGUAAAUAUGAGACUGUAUGGUGAGACAUUUCAGAGGAAAUGGCUCUGUGCGAUGUCGAGCCAUAAAGACACUGUGUUUUCCCCUCUCACCCUGUCUGUCUGUCUGUCUGUCUGUCUGUCUACCCGUCUGUCUGUCCGUUUCUCAGAACUGUACAUAAGUAUUAAUGUCAGCAUUCAUCCAACAUGGCCAGAAAAUGACUCCACAGUUGAUGAUUAACACGCUGGUAUGCAUACAGUAGGUCGACUGUACCAGAAAAAUGACUAAGAAAAGAAAACACAAGCUGGUUUCUGCCUGUCAGAUCAAAUUAGGAGGUUUUUGGUUGGCCAGUUUCACGGAAAAUAAUAAAAUCACUAACAAUACAGUGCCUACUGAAGCUGAACAGCUGUGGUGAAAAAGGCUGAGGUAUUGUAAUAUACUAGAAAUAAAGAAAAAAGAAAAAAGACUCGCUUGAUCUGGCACUGAUCUACAAUAUCUCCUCAUGCAGCAGUCUGAUAUACAUGAUUAUGAGGAUAUAUGCACUCACAUAUGCAUACUGUUUUCUGUCACACAUUUACUUUGCUCAGGCCUGGACUGCACUGUCAUACACAUGGCACAGGGUAACAUGAUGACUACUUUUUUUCUCCCCCCCCUCCCCCGAAGUGACAGAUGCUUCACUUGAGAUUUCAAGCUCUCGUGUCGGAGGUCAAUUGAUUCAUUUGUCCGCAGCUGUCCCGACAAUCGUGAGGUCUUGGUGUUGAGGGGGGGGUGGAGGGCGUAAAGGUUGCUAAGGGAGGCUGGGUUUUGAGUGGUCAGAUCACGGUCAGAUGUGUGGGCGGCGGCGCUGUAGAAGGUGUGGUUCAUUUGGUCAACCCAUAUUAAAUCAUCAAGGCUCUCAGCACUCAGACAUCCUUGAAAACCACAUCUGUGCUGGAGGGGAUGCACAUGAGAACACACGCGCACGCACACACUGUAUACCUUAUCCCGUCAUCCGUCCAUCUCUGCACACACACACACAGGGAAAGACACUCAAAACGGGACAAGAAGGAAAUUGAAUUGUGCAUGUUUUAUUAUUUGAGCGGUGCAGUGCUUUAGCCAGGCCCCAUCCACUGUAAUGGUGUAAUGUAUAUUUCAUUACAGCCUAAUGGGCUCCAUUAGCACAGUCUCCUCACAGACAUUCAAGACUUAUUGUUUUAUGGCUGAGAAGGAAGGAUGGAGGGAUGGAGAGGUGAAGGAGAAGAAAACAGAGGGAGAGAGAGAGGGGCCUGGAAUGAGGAGCAGCAGAGGGGAGAAAUAAGAGGAGAGGUAAUAAUGCAUAUUGGGAGAGAAAUGGAGGGGAAGGGACAGAGUUCAGAACGGAAGCAAUGGAGUAGAAAGGAGAAGACGAUGGGAGGGAAAAGGUACGAAUGGGUCGCGUAAAGAAAGAUGGAGGAGAAAGAAAAGUAGAGGGAGAGAGGGGGGGCGAGUGAGAGGAGGUGCGAAUGUCCUCAGGGAGAAAGUGAGAGUGAGCAUCCAUCAUGACUGUGGCCUGCAGAUGUUCUGUAAAGCCACAACUUCGACUUCACGCUCCCAUCGCAUUCCUACGGCUGGCCUCAACCACACGCGUGCACAUUUUUACUGGCAACCCACCAACAGCUUACACUGAAAAUGAACUCAAUAAUACGCCACACAUCCCCAUUAUUGAGAACCACUACAGUCACUUACAGCUCAGCUUGCGUAUCUGGUCAAAUGCUUACAGACUCUCUGUAUAUAUAUACACACACACACACACACACAGACAACUGCUCACAUUGCAUGCAAGGAGACACAUUUAAUGUUUGUUUUUGCAUUUUACUGGGGCAUAUUUUACUCUUUACGGACAUAAUAAAUAGUCAUAAUCACCGCGGUUUCACUGACAGCCAUUUGAAUUCGCUGUAAAACAUCAAUCUGGAAUUACAUUUAUUAACAACAGCACUUGAUGGUAUUGGUGUUUGUGAACUUGAAAAUGUUGAUUUGAUUGAUUUAUAGUAUUAUUUCUAAAUUAAGAAGCAUUUUGUACAUUUCUUUCUAUAUCUAAGGUUGCCUUUUGCAACGACAAACUGAAACUGAUCACUGGUUUAAUUAUGUUUUAGCUAAUGUGUAAGAUAAUCUUGAGUGUAUAUGUAUUUUUUAUGUCAGGCUCCCUCUUAGCAGCUACCUAGCCUGUCCUUAUGUACGGCGUGCUCUACAGCAGGGAUGGAUGUUUCACCAGUAUGCCACGUCUGUAGAUUUAGUUGCUAAAUUAUUGUCACCUGUCAGCGCAUGAGAGCGAGGGGUUAACGGCUGUUAGCAAGACGGGCUAACAUGGUCUUCAAAAAUCCAUCCCUGCUGUACAGUCCAGUAGAGUUUGCACUGAGUGAGCACACUCAACACGAUUAAAAAAAAAAAAAAAACUUGCCACACAAUAACUGUGCAAUAACAGAGGCCAGGGUGUUUGAGGGCCUCUGUGAGACACAACAGUGCAUACGAACGCCUCCGAUGUCAAAAGAGCGGAGAACGUCGACGCAACAUCUCAGCUGGCUGCACUGUGUGUGAAUUUACCCGCUGUGUUUCCUUUUUUUUUUUUUUUUUUUUUUUUAAAUAAUGAACUGUGUCGAGUCGGACAGCGGUGAUGUUUUUGACAGUUAUGGGAAGAGACUGUGAGAGGGAUGUUACAAUGAAGACUUGUCAGCACAACGCAGGAGCGUUCUGUGAAACUUUAACUUGAGAUCGGCUGUCUUUGCAUCGAUGCCUCAGAUCAAAGAAACUGGUCAAACAAAGAAAAAAAAAAAGGAGGAAAAACAACAACUACUGUAUGAAUGGACACCUCAGAAAAAAGGAGGGACUGACAAUCACAGACUUCUCUCUUUCUCUCUCUUCUUCAAGUGACCUACUGUAACAUAGACUACUCAACCAACUUUCCUCUUCUAUGCUGCCUAUACUGUACGUGAUAGUCUUAAACUUUGGUCUCUAGAAGUGCUACUUUUUCUUUUUUUUUCUUCUCCUUUUUGUAAAUUGAAAUAACAGCGAGAGGAAUGAACAAAAAUACAUGUACAAAUGUGAAUAAGCUGCUGAAAGAACUAAGCGUCGCUAACUGCUGUGUCCGAGACUGUGUCAGUAUCUAGAUUGUACGAUUUUUUUUGUCUUAGAAGCGGAGGGCAGAGAGAUUGGGUAGCUACGUGGGACUCACAAAUACAUAAAAUGACAUACAGCAGCCCCCGGGGUGCAGAGGGUUUGCUCAUUCUCCUGGUGGUGUGUGUGUGUGCGUGUGUGUGUUUAGAAGACUGAUUGAUGCCGUAGUGAGUCAGGAGGGAUCCGUAGGCCAGUGUUCAGACUCCAGCCAAAUCCUAGUUCAAAUGCAAUGAGAUUCAAGGGAGGAAUCAGGAAUUGAUUUGUUGUCGCUGUUCACCAAUUCAUGAUAAAUGACUUUACCCAGUCGUGUAGGACUGAGGUUGGUAUUAUGGCAGCUAAGAUUUAUGGAAUCACUCAAUUGCUUUAUUUAUGACUCAAAAAAAAAUCCGCCUUCUUCUCCACACAGCUCACUAAAGCCUGGGUUUCACAGAGGUAUAUCAGCAAUAUUAAUGGAUAUUUUCUUUUGCCUCACUACAACAUAAAAACGGCACUGAGUUUGGGCUAAACCAUGUGACUCAGCAGCAAGCACAUUCCUCAUACAGAUACACAUCACAACUUUGACUGUGUUAUGAUCCAUAUCACAUUUAAUCCCCCUCUCUCUCUCUCUCUCUCUCUCACACAACUCUCACAUCACAGUCUGAGCUAAUAGAGCUGAAAUAUCACAAAGGUCAUCUUUAAGAUUAGCUUUGUGCUCGGAUGCUUCUGGAGCCCCAACGCCCCGAUGAAUGUAACACCACAAAAACUGCUUAACUGCUGCAAAAAAAAUGAAACUGUGAUUUGCUACAUGCAGUAUCUCUGUUUGUCAGUAUUUUUGGUUCUGUGCUAUUUGUCUCUGUGUUUAGAGGGUUUUUUCUGCCGCCACCGUGGUAGCGAAAAAAAAAAAAGAAUAUUUGAAUGUUUUGUGGAUGUUUGGAUUGUUAGAGGCUAAAAAUAGGACAGAGGACAAAACACUGUAUUGUCGUUGUACGAAAGAGAUGUUAUUUCUAUGCCUAACAAUGCUCCUCGAAAUGUAAGAAACAUCUGUAUCGCAAAGCACACAAGGUAAUUAAAAACUGGAAAUGUUCUGAUUGGUGCAGCUAAUGUCUGUGUUUGCACGGAAGCAAAGUUUGGAUGCCACCCAUUUGUGCUCUGCUCACACACACACAUAGAAACACACUCAACAGGGAACUUGUACAGUCAUACGGUUGCGUGGUGGAAAUGAUCACAGUGAGUCAUGCUGAUGAUGAUAUGAUUUCUCUCUGAACGUGGACCAGUCUGUCGUGAUACAAUGUAAUUAAUAAAAAGU